AUGGUAUACCGCGCACACAUACACCCCUUAAGAUCGAUCCCCGGACCUUGGAUUAGCUCAGUGACCUCUCUCUGGAUCCGGUGGCAGCGGUGGAACGGUAGACUGUCAUUUGAAGCCGAUCGGCUCAUGGCAAAAUACGGUCCUAUCGUUCGGAUCAGUCCCAAUCUGGUGAUCUUGAACGAUGCGGAGGCUGUGGAGAAGAUUUUCAUCAGAAAAGACCUCGACACCUCGCCAAAAUCCAUCCGUGCUCUACGCGUUGGUGGCCAUGACUGGACAGUCACAUACCCACAGCACCCCAUCGCUCGGUCACGACGACACCCGGUUAUGAUCGCCACGACGACCAAGAACCUCAAGCUCCGCCACCAGGUCUUUGUGGAUAACAUAGAAGCCAUGGUCCGAGACAUGGCCAAGUCCGAUGGAAAGAAGUCAGAAGACAUCGUUCACCACCUGCGCAUCUGCACUCUGAAGAACUCCCAGGUCAUCAUGGGCGGCUCAGCGGUCGAUAUCGACACCACUGACUUCCCCAAGGUCGUCGGCGAAUACAAUUUCCUCGUCGUAUGGCGCCUAUGCCUUCCUGAGUGGCUAUUCGAAUGGCUCCAACACGGCCCCUUCGCACACGCCCGGUUUCGCGUACGCUCAAGCGACAAGCUCUUCGAUCUAGGCGAGGAACUGUGUCGCCAAGCUGCGCAAAACGAGACGAGCUUCGAUGAAGACCCGAGCAUCUACAAACUCUUCACAGACCGCGAGGCAAAAUAUCCAACGCAAUCAUGGACUGACGCAGAACUCGGAGCGGAAAUGGCUGGACAAGUUCUUGCAGCGACAGAAACAACAUCAUCGGCGCUCGCAUUCAUCUACUACGAGCUGGCACGCAACCAGAGUCUGCAGCAAGAUCUGUACGAGGAGGUGUCUGCCCACGAGGGAUACGAGGAACUCGACUCACUGAAGCUGCUCGACGCCUGUAUCAAAGAAGGCCUUCGCUUCCGUCCACCCGUUGCCCUGACCGGGAGCCGUCUGGUGCCUGAAGGUGGCCUGAAUGUUCUCGGCCACUACCUCCCCGCCGGCACAGUGGUAACAACGCAGUCCCUCUCAAUGAGCCGCCAGCGCCCAGACCUAUUUCCAGAUUUCGACAGCUACAACCCGCGGCGAUGGUUGGAGGAAGAAUUCAGCGCCGAGAAGCGGCGUCUGUUGGUGCCGUUUGGGAUCGGGGCGAGGCGUUGUCCGGGAGGAAACAUGGCGACGUACCAGAUGCGGUUGAUUCUGGCAGCGACAUUCCGCGCAUUUAGGACCACGUUGGCGCCGGAGACGACGCCGGAGAAGAUGGCGCCGUUUGAGGCGAAUGGGUAUCGGUCACAGCAUGAUAGGUGUGAUCUGAUUUUCACGCCGAGGUCUGCGUGA